UCCAUUAUAAAACCCCAUUUUCAUAAGCUUAAUCUUCCACACUCCCAAAACUUCUCAAUUGCAAACCAAACCAAACCAAACCAAACAUAUUCUUCAAUCUAAAUCUCCUUAAUUCUCUCUUACAAAUCAAACAUGCCGGCCGAUUUUCGGAAGGGCAAGAUGGUAACAAUUUUGGGUAUCGAUGGCGGUGGCAUUCGAGGCAUUAUUCCCGGAACUAUUCUCGCUUUUCUCGAGUCUAAGCUUCAGGAAUUGGAUGGUCCAGAUGUUAGAAUUGCAGAUUACUUUGACAUAAUUGCUGGAACAAGUACAGGUGGUUUAGUCACGUCUAUGCUUACAGCUCCCAAUAAAAAUAAUCGACCUUUAUAUGCUGCAAAAGAUCUCACCCGCUUCUAUUUAGAACAUGCUCCAAAGAUCUUCCCACAGAGGAAUUAUUUGUUAAGUUCGGUGGUGAAUUUAUUUGGGCAAGUUAUGGGUCCCAAGUACAAUGGCAAAUACUUGAGGUCAUUGAUAAAUGAUCUGCUUGGAGAUAUAACACUUAAGCAAACGUUAACCGAGGUUGUUAUUCCAGCUUUUGACAUCAAGCUUCUUCAACCAGUAAUUUUCAACACAAUCGAGGCAAAGUUGCUCGAGUUAAAGAAUCCAAGAUUGGCAGAUGUUUGCAUUAGUACCUCUGCCGCACCAACAUAUUUACCUGGUCAUGAAUUUCAAACUAAAGACUCCAAAGGAAAUACUCAUAAUUAUGAUAUGGUUGAUGGUGGAGUUGCAGCCAACAAUCCAACAUUAGCUGCCAUGAGUCAUAUGACAAAAGAGAUCAGCCUAAUGAGACGAGGAAUGGAGUAUUUUAAGAUCAAACCCAUGGAAACAAAAAAGAUGUUGGUCCUUUCUUUAGGAACUGGUGCCCCUAAAAAUGAUGGCAAGUAUAGUGUAUCCAAGUCUUCUAAAUGGGGUAUGCUUGGUUGGAUCUACAACGGCGGAGCAACACCUAUAGUUGACAUUUUCAGCGAUGCGAGUGGUGAUAUGGUCGACUAUCAUAUUUCUAGCAUCUUCCAAGCUUCAAAUUGUAACAAAAAUUAUCUUCGUAUUCAGGAUGACACAUUGACUGGCGACGUAUCAUCCGUAGAUAUUUCGACCAAAGCGAAUUUACAGAAGCUUAUAGACGUGGGGGAGAGUUUGCUAAAGAAACCAUUGUCAAGGGUAAAUUUGGAAUCUGGAAAGUUUGAGCCAGUUAAUGAAGGUACCAAUGAAGAAGCCCUUAUUGAAUUUGCUAAAAUGUUAUCAGAAGAGAGAAAGCUACGAUUGAGCCCUUAGGCCUUAAAAGUCAAUUUACUUGCUUGGAAUUUUACCAUUUUAUCCUUAUGAUAUGAAUAAGUUUGUGUUUAUACUUCAAUAUUUGUGUACAAUAAAUGGUACAAGAACUCAAUUUUAUCCCCAUUAAUAAUAAUCUAGGAUUGUUCAA